AUGGGCAACAUCUUCAGCUUCUCUACAACCCCCAGCGAUCUCCUCAGUUUGAUUCAAGGGUGCGGUUCUUCUGCGCUCGACGUCUAUUUGACGUUUACUAACAAAGUGGCCCUUCUGGCCACCCCACAACCUAGGCCGCCCAGCAUCGGACGGCUACUAAAUAACGAGUCCAUAGCCGUCUCAAGUGUCGGGAAAGAGCUUACUCCAGGAGAUGCACGAUAUACCACAAUCCACGACGGUGUCUCACACCACCCCCUAGGCGCAGGAUCUUAUAUUUUCAAGACAGACUACGCCAAAGCGCUGUUAACUUAUCUUAACCUAUAUCCGAAGACGGAAGACGCCACGGAUCAGCGGCCCUUUAAUCGACCCCGACCCCGAAAGCUCAUCGUCCACAUUGGCGCGCAGCCCAACAAUAGUCCCCACGCAGGGACUAUGAUCACCUUCGCAUUGGGCUUUAUCAUUGCCCGCAAAAUCCAGCGCAGAUACUGUGACAUGGGCGGCGACACCGGAAAGCUGCCACCCCUGACCGUAUCCGUCAGUUUGGACCUUGUCGACACGGCUCCCGACUCGAAGAAGACAAUCGAGAAAGACGGGAUCGCAUACCAACGAUCGCAUCGAAAUACUAAUGCCAUGGCCGAGUUUCUCCCAGACUACAGCGAGCUCCUUGAGCGGCUGUCUACGUUUACCAACAAUGAAGUGCAAUACACGUGCACUCGCCAGGCCGACCUUCUCAAAUCUAAGCACAUCCCCAAGGUCCUGGAUGUAAUCCUCGCCGAUCACGUCAGAAUUGGAAGGGAGCUUGGCCCUGAAUCCAACAGGAUUGCGCUCCGAGCCGCUUGCCCCGUCGAGGGCUGCGGUAUCGCAGAGAAGCACGGCAAAUUGAACCAAUAUCACUACGGCGAUGGCAUUCCGACAGUCACCUUCAACUGCCUUCACCAUGGUCCACAUACUUCCUCUCUCGUCCCAGCCCACAUCGAGAAGUUCGAGCUUAAUACUCCGCUCCGAAACUUGGUUCGCGGAGUCGCCAACAUGCUCGAUACGAUUGAAACUCAGGGAGACGUUGAUGGAGAGGAGCGCUAUCAUCUCCGCGUCACCGGGGGUGAUUACGCUGGAAUAUAUCAAGAACAGUUGUUUUACCGCCAGAUCAACUGUCUGAUGAAGGCUGUCUUUCCGCAAUGCAGCCAACUGCCUCUCCCAGUAAUCUGCUACGCUCCGCUGCUGACCGACUGGUCCGGCGCAAAACUCUCAAAAUCGCUCUACGUGAAGGAGGGCGCGUACGCUUACCUUGAAGAGCAGAACAAGGACUAUCUGCUUAGUUACUCAAGGAUGAAGGAGAUGGGGAAAGACCCCAGGGUCAUCUUUAGAGAAGUGGAGAGUUGGGUAGAGGAUCCAAGACGAUUGUUCAGAAACUAUUCAGUUGAAUAUUUUACAAGACUCUUUGAGCAAGCCGACGAACCCGAUGUACACCCAGUGGCCGCGCCAGUUGCGUUGCCACUACCUUACAGUCCCCGAAAUAUCGUCAAUUCGAGGCAAUGA